AUGGCAGAACGAGUGCAAGCCUUGGUUCGGGUUUCCGGUCCUCCAAAUAGUAGUUUUCUAGUUGGAUAUCCUGGUAUUUCGGCGACGUUGCCGCGCAUUGAGGGUAAGGUCGAGAUUAGGCCUGCAUCAGGAUAUUCCGCCCCCGUCGCUAUCUCUCUAGUACGAAUAUGUCUACAAAGAAGAGAAACAAUCCAUCCAGCGGCCGAAAAUGUAGCCAAGCGCCACCUCGGGACACCUCGACGCGAUACCACCGACGUUGUUGGAAAGGAACUUUUACUAUACCGUUGCGCAACAGGCAGGGAAGCAGAGAAUGUCAUGACGAUGGACCUGCCAUUCGUCUUGUUUAUCCCGUUUGGACGAGGCGGUGAAGAAACGAAUAGAAGGAUACCGCCGGCUUCGUUACAACUCCCAAGCAGGACCGCAGAGACAUAUUACGAACUAGUGGUUACGGUGCAGCAAGGACAGAGUAUUCAGAAUAAAUAUGCAUUUCCAGUCCCCUUGCAACGAUACGAUACAUUAUCGACAUUUGGAAUGUAUAACCGGCCCGAACACAAGGCCGUGACCUCGGAUAACAUAGUCACCCUUGGCAUUUCGCUUCCAAGAUGGAGUUACGGACCUAUGGACCCUAUUACGGUAUAUAUUAAGUUGGCCCCUAAUCUCGACUGGCUAGCCAAGGCGAGGAAGGUGACCAUACAGAAGAUCACACUCGCGAUAGAGGAGGAGAUUACGUACAAUCCCGAAGGAGAUGAGCCGACUAGGAAAGUGAAUAGGCUACAGAAACAUACACAGACGAUAGGAGCCAAAUUACCGGAAGAAGGUUACGUUACUAAUAUGGGCAUUAUCUUUCCGCAUAAGGAUCUAAGGGAUGCGAAUGGAAUUAUUCGAAGGGGGCAACCGGCUUUCCCAAACUACGAAGUCACAUCAUUCACGACAACAUCUACACUCUACAAGAUCGAGUUCUUUCUUACUAUUAAGGCUCAAUUGGCAUCGGCCCGUGAUAUCACCCUUCGACAGCCUAUCGUUAUAUGUCCACUAGAUCAUCAAGCAUGCAAGGAAGAAAUGGAUGCCAUCGAGCAGGCAGCGAAAGAUGCCUCCGCAGUUGACCAAAAUAAUCCGAUGCUGCCAGCGAGAACCAUCGUUUUAGCCGACGACCCGAAUGCUUUAGCGUCUCUAGGAUAUUGCUUAGUAGGAGGUCAGAAGAAACCAUUGAUCGAAUGA